GGGUGGCCUUUUCUGCAAAUGAAUUAUUAAUAAGUUUCUCUCCUCUUCGUUAUUCUGCGCAGUUUCAAUAAGAAAUAUUUGUAAAUAUUCUUUAGUGUUAGCCCUAUAAGCUGUGUAGCUGGAAUUGUAUAAACUAUUUGACAUCAUGUCACUAAAAGUAGCACAAAAUGCACUGCUUUCUCGCACUUUACCUCAGUUUGGAAGGCAUCCACUUUUAUACUCUACAUACCGCACUCUGUUUGACUUCACUCCCAUAACGAAGACCAGGCGAGAUUUUAAACAGAAGAAAUUAGCAGGCUAUUCUAUGGAACAAUUAUAUGCUGUCGUAGCGGACGUAGAAAACUACUACACGUUUGUACCAUUCUGCAAGAAGUCCCACGUGUAUGCCAAAAAGCCUGGCUCAUUGAAGGCCGAUCUGAUUAUUGGCUUCCCACCGUUAAACGAAAGUUAUACCUCUAGCGUAACCUUGAUUCGGCCGACGCUAGUCAAAGCAGAAUGUGUGGACGGUCGGCUGUUUAAUUACCUACUGACGGCGUGGCAGUUUAGUCCGGGCCUGAAGGACAUACCGCAGUCCUGUGUAAUCGAUUUCAUGGUCGCGUUCGAGUUCAAAUCCGCUCUUCAUUCGCAGCUAUCGAAUCUGUUCUUCGACCAGAUCGUGAAACAGAUGGAGUAUGCGUUCAUUCAGGAAGCAAAGAAUCGAUACGGGGGGCCUUCAAUUAAGAGUCACGUGUUGGUAGCUAACAAAUCGUAACCCAAACCUCGUUCAUUAACGAUCCUGCGUAGAAAGAAGAGGAGAGAGGCCGACCUUAAGAGCCCCCGUUUGCAUACAUAUAACGUUCUGUUUGAGAAUGAAAAUAUUUAUACCUCGGACAGCUAAUAAAUUUAUGUAUAUUAGGCAAAGCAAAAAUUUACGAGUGUUCCUCUGGCGGGAAAGCUGGGGGAGUGAGUGCAUGGAAAGGAAAGUGAUACUAUUGUGAGACGUAGACAAAAUAGGCAGGUGAUGAGUUAAUAUCGCCUUUGCAAGCUAGUUCAGAUUGUUGUAAAAAGCGAGUAUUCUAUAUUUUUUUAUUAACUAGUUUUUUUUAAAUAACUGACGAAUAAAACGUCUAAGUUGGCAAUAGACUUUAGUUUUAUGUCACUAUAAAUCCAUAAAUGUAAACACACCGUAGAAGCGUAAUAGUGUUUAACAUUUCUAUUGGAAAGUAGUCAGCUAAAAGCCAAAAAUUACAUACAAAUUACAUAGACAUACAACUGAAGCAGUGUCGUACUUUGAGAACAAUUAGGUGACGAAGAACCCACGCCUAUUUAGAAUGGGCUAUAUUAUAGGCUAUGAUUUCCAUUCUUCAAACUGGCUAUUUAUACACCAUCAAAUUCUUAUUAACGAAUUAGUUCAGGGUAUUAUCAAAUUUUCAUAUUCAUUCCUCUUUGUUCUCCAAACAAGGGGAUGGAAUGAACGUGAGUUUGCGUGAAAAAACGCAGCCACCAACGGAAGCAUGUAUUAUUUAUAAUGGUUUGCCUACUCCUCUCUUUUAUACCGCAACAUAGGCUGCAUAGCAGCUAUUGGGCGGGGGCAGGGCAAUAGUAAAAUUGUGCUUAACCUUACCCGAACUCCUUCGCUGCCGCUACCGCUGGGAAGUAGGAAUCACUACGAAUGUUACCUUGGCCAUGAUUUGAUGCUAAAUUACGAUUAGAUUUUCUUCACCUUCGUACAAAUACCUAUAAUCUUUACAUUAUGCAAGCAGUACAAGAGUUUCUUUUGAACUUUCGUUCUCGUUCGAUUUACCAAAGCAAA